AUGAUUAAAUUUUAAAAAUUAGAUCAACCAUAAACCAGUCUAGAUAUAAUUAAAGUAUCAUCUCCUUAGAAUAAUCGAUUUUAUAUUGUCCAUCCAUCACCAAUUGAAAUCUAGACUUAAACAUAAAAUUUCUUUUGUGGAUCAUCAGAAUUAUUAAAAUAAAUACCUGUUCAUGAUAAAGGACCUAAAUUAGAUUCUAAAGGAUAAAUUAUUAGACAUACAUUAGUUGGUUCUGUUCAACAAUUUAUGCUUGAAAAAUAAAGAAGACUAAGUACAGGUAAGAAACCAUAAGUCAAGUUAUAGACUUAAUUAUAACCAGAAUUUGAAGCACCACCUUUAGUUAAUAAUAGUUACACAAAAUGUAAAUAUAUACUUAAUAUUCUUAAGUAACUGAAUUUAUGUCAAGUAAGGAUCUUGUUAAAAAAUCACCAAAUAAAGUCAAAUCUAAAGAAUACCAACUGAUCUAAUUAAAUGAGGAAUAAGUACAAUAAGAAAUAGUAGAUGUAGAGAGAAGAGUAAAAAUCAAUUAAGCUGAAGUAAAACAUGCCCCAUGAUUUAAGACUGCCAAAAUGAAUUAAGAAAUCAAAUAACAGCUCAAUAAAGGAGAUCAACUUAAAAUGGAUGCUUUUAUAAGGGCCAUGACAAAUUAUGAAAAUACAUAAAGUGAUUGGGAAUAAACUAAAAUUAAAGUGAGUUCUAGAAUCUCUAGAAAAACUGGUUAAUCCAUGAAUGAAAAAAUUGAAUAAUUUAGAGUUAAAUAAGAAGUUAAAUAAUUGUUAGAUCAUAUAACACCAAUUGAUUAAAAAUUAGGAAAUGAUUAUUGGGUAAUUUAUCCUUUCUAUACAGAAAUAAGGAUUAAGAUCUCAAGAAUCAACAUUAAAAAGGAAGAAUCCCUAUAAGUACAUUGACAAAUUAGAAGAAGAUCCAAAUUAUCAAAUAGAUAAAAAGCCUCCUGUUAUUGAAAUUAUUAGAGGUUAGAAUUCUAGUGCCAAAGGUUUUAGACCUUAUUCAUCAUUUACUUCUCGUUUUUAUUUAGAUAGAAAAUUAAAAGAGAAUGAAGAACUAGUUAAGAAACUUAUUCCAUAAAAUUUAGAUGAAAUUGAUUAACUUUAAUUAACUGGAUAAAAUAUAAUGAAAUAAGAAAUAAAUUCUGUUAGAAAUCCAAGAGAUAGUUUUGUUAAAAUUACAGGUUCUUUUGCAAAUAGUUAAGGAGGUUUUAAAACAUAUUUUAAGAAGGUACCAAUCAAAUAAGAAUAUUAAUAACCAGAUGAAGUGAUAGUUUAAAAUUAUGAUAAAAAGAAAAUAUUAAAUACAGGAUAAUUUGGAAGUUUGAAAGGAUAUUUUUGA